AUGACGAUUUUCCAAUGUUAUGGUGCUGCAGAAAAAUUUAUCAAUGGUUCUCCUCAGACUUGUGAUGUUGAUGGUGAAAAUUUUCCCAUUCCAAAAAAUUUAAAUCCAGAUUGUUAUAGUUGCGUUUGCAAUAAUGGAUUUGUUGAGUGUUUUCAUAAACAUUAUUGUCCAAAUGUUACGGGAUGUUAUGAUUUAUUGGAAGUAAAAACAGAUCAUUGUCGUCAAAGAUGUAGAGGAUGUUCUAAAAAUGGUACUGAUUAUGAAUCUGGUACUGAAUGGACAAAUAAAGAUGAUCCAUGCACAGUAUAUUCAUGCAAAGAUGGUAUUAUAACUGAAUCAAAACAAUAUUGUUUUACACCAUGUUCAACUCCACUGGAUCCACCACCAGGACAAUGUUGUCCAGUUUGUCAUGGUUGUUUAAUUAAUGGACAAAAAGUAAUAGCUGAUAGAUCAGUCACAACUGCUGAGGAUCCAUGUGUAACAUGUAAAUGUAAUGGCAGUCAUUUGACAUGUUCAAAACAAGCAUGUCCAGUAUCAUCAUGUCCAAGGGAUAAAUUAGUUAAUUCAACUAAUGAAUGUUGUCCACAUUGUACUGAUAAAAGAAAGAAUUAUACACCAGCAAAAGGUGCAUGUACUAUUCAUGGUGUUGAAUUUGAUAAUUCAAAAACACCAUUUUUAAUUGAUGAUGUAACACGUUGUUCGUGUGUGAAUGGUUCAGCAUCAUGUUUUAGAGAAACUUGUCCAGCACUUGAAUGUCCGAUUGAAUUACAAACUAAAAUACCUGGACGUCGUUGUUCACAAUGUCCAAUUGUUGAACAAUCACGUGCAUCAUGUACAUCUUCUAAUAAAACAUAUGAGGAUGGACAAACUUGGAAAUUAGAUUCAUGCAAAACUUGUGAAUGUAAACAGGGACAAGUAUCAUGUGCAAUGCAAAUGUGUCCACCAGUACCAUCACGUUGUCCAGCAAAUACAAGGCUUGAACAUCCAAAAGGACAAUGUUGUCCUCGUUGUAAAGAAGUUGAUGGUAUUUGUACUGUAUUUGGUGAUCCACAUUAUAGAACAUUUGAUGGUAAAUUUUUUACUUUCAAAGGUGCUUGUAAAUAUCAACUUGUAAAUGAUUGUGUUGGCAAUUCAAUCAGUAUAAGAGUUACAAAUGAUGCUAGAUCAACAAAAACAUCAUCAUGGACAAAAAAAAUUACACUUAAAAUGAAAGGUGUAAAAUUAAAUCUUGGACAAAAAAUGCGUAUUAAAAUAAAUGGAAGUAAAGUACGUUUACCAUACAGUAUGCCAAAUUUUUUAGAAAUAAAUAAAACAGAUGACAGUGUACUUGUUAAAACACAUCUUGGUAUUAAUAUAUUAUGGGAUGGUAUUAGUUUUAUUGAAGUAACAGCACCAACAACAUAUCGUGGUCGUCUUUGUGGUUUAUGUGGUAAUUUUAAUUCACAAUCAAGUGAUGAUUUUACAUCUAGACAAGGACGUUUACUUACUGAUUCAAAUUUAUUUGGUGAUUCAUGGGCUGUUGGUGCUAAAAAAAAAUGCUCUAAAAAUAAAAAACCCAUUAAUAAUAAUAAAAAAAAAUGCGGACGUAAAAAAAAAAAAAAAAGAAUUAAAAGAUUAUGUGAUCGUAUAAACUCGGAAAUAUUUGAAGGUUGUCAUCAAAAAAUUAAUAGAGAAACGUAUUACAAUGCUUGUCUUCAAGAUAUGUGUAAAUGUCCAACUGGUGAUUGUUAUUGUCAAUCAUUUGUUGCAUAUGCACACAAGUGCAACAGAUAUGACGUACAAUUACCUCAUUGGAGAUCUUUAACAGAAUGUCGUACUAUUUGGGAUUCAUUAUCAACA